AAAUUAAAUGGAGUACUUAACUAAUGAAAAACUCCUUAAAUAAUAACAAUCAGCUCUAUUUUCUAUCAACAACUCUCGUUCCAAUAGUGUAUCUCGAUUUCCAAUUCCUAGUUCAAGAGCAACUCAUGAUCCUGUCUAACCACUUAGAUCAGCCGAUUUAUUCAACAGAUUAGAAGACAUUUUAAAAUAAAAGUAGAUGAGUACUACUACAAGAAAGAGAUAAAAAUAAAUAUCAUGCAUUUUAAAUUCAUAAGCUACUCAUGAAGCAAAAAAACAUUAUAUUGAAAAUAGUUGUUACAAAUCACCCAAUAGAAUAUAGGAAGUACCAUCCACAUCUGGGUUUUUGAAUGUUGUAUGUUUCAUCUUUAUCAUCUCUUUAGUAUAAUGUUGAAGCUAGAAGUAGAAAACAAACUUAACCUACUUAUAUAGGUUCUCCUUUAAUUAAUCAAUAAAAUUAAAGUGCCAAAAAAAAAAAUGUCAUUCAAACCUAAUUUUAAGAUAGUUAUCUUUAGAAUAAGAAAAAGAAAGAGAGCUUAAAAAAAUUUUAAGAUGAAUUUAACAAUAUGUAGGAAAAAAUCAAAAUUAGAAAUCAUGUAUGUAAUUAUAAUUUAUAUUCAACAGUCUAUAUUUAAUUAAUUAGAAUAGCCAGAUAAAAAAUUUGAAAAAAUAGAAAAAUAAGAAUUGUAAGAAAACAAAUUUGAAAUCAAUAUUAGCACAAUUUUUAAUAAAGAAAAUCAUAAUAAUACUGUUAACAAAUUGAAUCAACAAUUACAAUUGCAAAAUAAUCAUCUUUAAGAGUAAUUGCUAUUUGAAUAGAAUCAAAAUUCCAAAUUAAAUUUACUUAUUAAUAAUUUGAAUGAUUAAAUUGCCAGUCUCAAUAAGUAUUAUUUAUUUUAAGUUUAUUUCUAGGUAACUAAAUUAGCAAAACCUAUAAUUUUAGGAAGAAUAAGCUGUUAGGGAUACAUAAAUUUUAUCUUUAAAAUAAUAGUUAUAACAAAUGGAUACAAAUAUCAAAGAAAAAGAUAACGAGAUCAAUAAUUGUAAACAAUAAAUAUAAGAAUUCAAUAAUGUAUAUAAAGAUAUGCAAGAAUUAGAGAAUCUCUGUUAACAAAUGUCAUAUUUAAGUAUGCAAACUUGUUAAUAAAAUUAACUAAUUCUUGAUAUUAGAGAGUUAUUACAAAUAUAAUUUAAUAUAAUUGAGAAAGUAACGAAUCAUAAAGAUUUUCCGAUAGAAUAGCUGCUAAUUUAGAAAAAAAAGAAAAAACCAUAAAAUUUGAAAGAAAUUGAUUACUAAGAAUUAAGCCAAGAAACAACAAGAAUUAUGGAAAAUUUAGUUAAAUUAAUAAAAGCAUCUGUUGAUUAGUUAACCGAAAGAUUUAUUCAUGAUUUACUUAUUUGA